AUGGACUCCGCCAAGACCUUCGAACUCGUGACACCGCUCUCCGUCUCGCGCGCCCUCCUCAACACCAGCAUCUCUCUAUCAUUAUUCCUGUCGCCCCUCGCUGCGCUCCCCGGCCCCUGGUACGCCGCCAUCUCUGACUUCUGGCUCACCACCCAUGUCGUCCGCCUGCGACAAUGCCGAGCCGUUCAAGAUCUCUUCGAACACGUCUACUGCGUGCACAAAUUCGACAAGAGCUCGUACUACAAGAGCGUUAUGACAAACAACAACGAUCAUGCAAUGACCACCCUUCCCCACGCGGAACACGCCGUCCGUCGCAAGGCCUAUUCGCCCCACUACAUACCCUCCAACCUCGCCCUGUUUCAGACUGACUUGCAGGAUCUUUGCCUGAAAUUGGUUGACAUCCUCGGCGGUGCAUCCGGCAGCGCAUCCGUCGACUGCUUGGAUUUGUUGCGUCACCUCAUGGUGGACAUCAUUGGGACUACCGUCUUUGGGCGUUUGCCUGGUUCCCUGGACAAUUGGGCAAAGGACAUCCAGGACCCCCUUGCGACCGCUGUGUACGACUUUCCCAAGCGGGGUAUUCUUCGCAGCGCCGUGCCGACUUGGGCAUGGAACCUUGUGUGUCGCAUCCCGAAUGACCGCUUGCGCCAGGUCUGCGACUCCGACAGGAUUAUGGCACAGUUCGUAGCUGGUCGUCUCUACGAGAUGCGCACCAAGUUGCAGGCAGGACCUUUGCCUCUUCUUCAACGCAUGCUGCUCCACCGGGUCUUCGCUACCAACGAGUGCAUGCCAGACAAGGACAUCAUAUCCGAGGCUAUGGGCCACCUGGUCGCCGGCGUUGACACGUCUUCCACAACGCUCUCGUACCUACUUUGGGAGCUGAGCCGCCGCACUGACAUCGCGAAGCGCCUUCAAACCGAGCUCGACGAUGCCAUGCCCGAUCGCGCUGUAAUCCCCGAUGCCGUCACGCUCACCAAGCUGCCGUACCUCAACGCUUUCAUCAAGGAAGGCCUUCGUGUCUACGGUGCCGCGCCCUCGCUUCUGGAGCGUGUCGUCCCAUCGACCGCUCCUUCCGGUCUGGAUGACUCCUUUGAUCUCAUGGGUACGCGCAUGCACCGCGACGCCGGCGUGUUCCCCAGCCCUGAGACCUUCCUACCUGAAAGGUGGCUGGCCGUCGAGGGUGUUGAAGGCGAGGAGGAAAGGCUUGCCAUGAUGACCCAGCACAUGAUGCCAUUCGGUGUAGGUAGCAGGAUAUGCGGCGGCCAGAACCUGGCGCAGCUUGUCAUGCGUAUGGCCGUGGCUGCAGUUGCGAGGAACCUGAAUGUCGCCGCGGACGCUGCUCAGACGAACGAAAGGAGCAUGGAGAUGCGCGACGCUUUCGUGCUCUUCCCCGCUGCGAAGGAAUGCAAGCUCACCUUUAACGCGCGCAAGAACUGAGCACAGACGAACUCGACGACGCGAAGACCUUUCCAAUUCACCCUUUGUACGCUAUUCCCGUUUAAUUCCCGGCGCGCCUCGGACUGUGAGAUGUUUUCGUGGUGUUUGUUUAUCGACCUGCUGUCCAUUCGCUCUGUAUGCAGCUUUCGGUUCAUUUGUUGUCGUUGGUUCUUUGCACGGUGUCUUCGUGUACAACAGUGACGAGCGGAGUAGAAGCCUAUCCGGACCCUCGAGGAGGAUGAGCCUAGAUACCUACGAGGUGAACGAGAAACCAGUAUGAUACAUCACGCAUAAGUUAGUAUAAUCAUCAGUUAAGUAGGCCCUUAGCCAU